GAGAGAAUUGACGAUAAGUUUGCGAUGGCGAAAGUUCCCGAUCAACUAUUUUAGAUGCAAAUCUCAUAUAUAAUCAAAAGAUUCAUAUUGUAAUUCUCACAUAAAAUAAGAUUGAUAUAAGAAAAGAUGGCCAAUCUUCAAGCAAUUCGAUAUUCGCGGGGCAAAUUAGAAGUUCUCGAUCAGCUGAAACUGCCCCACGAACAUCAUUACGAUGAAGUCUCGACAAGUGAAGAGGCAUUUGAUAGCAUUAAGUCUAUGAGAGUAAGAGGUGCACCGGCAAUAGCUAUUGUAGCAGCGUUAGGUCACGGAGUCGAACUACACAAUGGGAGUUGCACGGCCUCCUCUUCAGAAGAGACGAUCUCUUACAUCGAAUCGCGCCUAGAUUAUCUCAAGCAAUCACGGCCGACAGCCGUGGAUCUUACUAACGCCAUUACGCACCUCAAAAACACCGUCCGAUCUAUCGAUGCACAGAAUAAUGGCACAGUUGGUCGUGAUGCUAUUAUCUCUGCGUACGUUGCUGCUGCAGAAGAGAUUUUCCGCAAGGACACUGAGACAAACCUCUCAAUUGGUGAACAUGGAAGCAAGUGGCUUCUCGAGAAUGCGCCGACGAAGUCCGCCGACGGCAAGGUCUCUGUUUUGACACACUGCAACACAGGAUCACUUGCCACGUCAGGCCACGGAACAGCGCUUGGUAUCAUCCGUUCCUUGCAUUCAGGUGGUCACCUACACCACGCAUUCUGUACCGAAACCCGGCCCUACAACCAAGGAAGCCGACUCACUGCUUUUGAGCUAGUGUAUGAGGGGAUCCCCUCUACACUCAUCACGGACUCGAUGGCAGGUGCCUUAUUCGCCACUAAGAAGACCGAGAAAAAUAUCGCCGCAGUGAUUGUAGGCGCAGAUCGAGUUGUGCGCAACGGGGAUACCGCUAACAAGAUUGGGACUUACGCUCUCGCUGUACUAGCCAAAUAUCACGGAGUGAAGUUCAUCGUAGCAGCGCCUACGACAAGCAUUGACCUGCAGACUGAAACUGGCGCUGGAAUCAAAAUCGAGGAGCGCAAAGCCGAAGAGCUGACACAGAUCACCGGAGCCGUAGUAGGAAAAGACGGGAAGGUAGACGUUACUCGUACUGAGCGCGUGGCGACAGCACAUCAAGGGAUCGCUGUCUGGAACCCCGCAUUCGACGUCACGCCGGCAGAGCUGAUUGAUGCUGUGGUUACGGAACGAGGUGUUGUCGUAAAGGGCGCAGAUGGAGUCUUUGACUUCAAAGAUAUCAUGCCAGAAAGAUGGGCGAAUGUUGUUGGAAAGUAGGAGUUUAACCCUAAGGAAUAAAAAGGGAAAUAGAGAGCUGGUUUGGAAAAUUAGAUAGCGUAAUCUCGACGGUCAAGCGUAGGACAUCUCAUCUGUGGGGUAUCUCCUAUGAUAUUUAAUCAGCAAUCAUGAAGAAAGAGAACACGCUAAAACUAUGUAAUUCUCAAAUGCAAACCGCUUAGCUCUCAAGAGCAUGUAGGAUGAGCUUCUUGUAAUCUUCCACGGCUGUCUCCAGGUCUCCCAGCUUGAUCGCCUCGUCAGGUCCGUGAGCUACAAAAAUGGUUCCCGGUCCGUACAGGUAUCGUGUGUGGUUACCCUCCAAAUUGUGUACGUCCGUUCCGUAGUUGACGGUGGUAGUUUCAAAAC